GCCCUCAGGGAUAACACCACCCGCGGCCGCGCGCAUUUGGAACUCCUGCAUGUGGGAGGGGCUGGGGCUUCCAGACACCGCCUCCUCAUGAAUAAUGCAGAUUCAGGCGGUGUCCCGGACCCGGAAGUGGAGUUGCCGAGUCACCGCAGUGGCUGAGCUGCUGACAGGAGGCGGCGGCGGCGGAGGAGGCGAGGCCAGACCUGCGGCUCUGCCCCGCUACAGCCGCGGUAGCACUAGGCAAGCCCACGGAGCCACGCCGGCCUCAGCCCGCCAGCAGACCUCCCGCCCGCGCCCACCGGUCCAUCUGCUCCGCGGCCGGCCCGCCCGACUCGUCAGAGGCGGCCUAGCCUACACCACCCAACCCGGCUCCUGGGGCCGCUGCCCCGCGCCGUCCUGUUGGCUUUCCUGGCCGCGCCCGGCCCCGGGCCCGCUCUCUUGCCGGCACCAUGAUGGAGGAGAUCGACCGGUUCCAGGUGCCCACCGCGCACUCGGAGAUGCAGCCGCUGGACCCAGCCGCUGCCUCCAUCUCAGACGGAGACUGUGACGCCCGGGAGGGUGAGUCAGUAGCCAUGAAUUACAAACCAUCCCCGCUCCAGGUGAAGUUGGAAAAGCAACGGGAGCUGGCCCGGAAGGGCUCCCUGAAGAAUGGCAGCAUGGGUAGCCCCGUCAACCAGCAACCCAAGAAGAACAAUGUCAUGGCCCGGACAAGGCUGGUCGUCCCCAAUAAAGGCUAUUCCUCGCUUGACCAGAGCCCCGACGAGAAGCCACUGGUAGCCCUUGACACUGACAGUGAUGACGACUUUGACAUGUCCAGAUAUUCCUCCUCUGGCUACUCCUCUGCUGAGAUCAACCAAGAUUUGAACAUCCAGCUGCUGAAGGACGGCUACCGGUUAGAUGAGAUCCCUGAUGACGAGGACCUGGACCUCAUCCCCCCCAAGUCCGUGAACCCCACCUGCAUGUGCUGCCAGGCCACGUCCUCCACUGCCUGCCACAUUCAGUAGCAGGUGGGGUUGCUGCGGCAGCUGGAGCCGGGCCACUGCGGGCCAGGUUGGACAGGGCAGGGGCCGACCCUCCCCAGCUCAUCUGCCUGCCCCUGGCCCCGCGCCCCCUACAGCCGCCAACCUCGUAACAGUCAUUGCUUCCUCCUAUGGUAGGACGUGUACCUCUGUGUGUUCAUGGAGCCGGAGAAACCAAAACCGGGUCUCUCUCCACCCUGGGGGCUGAGAAGGGGUGGGGGCUGUUUGUUCAGUUACUUGGGGGAUCUCGCCCAGCACCCUGCUCCCCUCCCCAAAGCUGCAGUCUGGUGGGGAGUGGGGGACUGGAUGGCAAGUAGGCCAAUAGUAACGAGUAGGGGGAGGGAUCACAAAGCCAGGGGGUUGGCCCCACCCCAGCGAUGCCAUGAACACCCCCAGCCCCAGCCCGACAAGGAAAGGGGCUCAGAAGGAGAAAGGCCCAGGGCAGGGGGGCAGGGCCCAGCACCUGGAGCCCCCUCCACGUGCCCAUGCUGGCCCAUGUACCUAUUUGCAUUUCUCCCCUCAUCUCCAGAUGGGAAGCCUGGCAAAGCUAGCCAGUGGGAUAUUGCCCUCCACCCAUCGGAUCACUGCCUUCUCCCUCCUCUGCCCCAUUCCCACCCUUCCUUGCUCUCUGGGUUGAGGGUAAGGUGGGCCUUAGAGACAGACCAGAGUUUGGGGUGAUACGCUCUGUCUUCACCCACCUCUAACUGAUUCAUCUAUCUGCCAAGCCCCGUCCCCCUGCCCCCAACGCUUCUGUUCAUUGGUCUCUGUCCCAGGUUGGAAGCAGGAGGUAAGGCUGGCCUUGAACGCCCCAUUCCCAUCUCACUCCAGCCCAAGAUUCAGGAUGCUGCUUCUCAGUAAGAUUCUUUCAGGAAGCAAGCUUAGGAGAAUACAGUGGCUGCCUGCGUACGGGAGGGAGAGCUUGGCAGAGUGUGUUGUGUGUAUGCCUGGAGACGUCAGGGUGUGUGUCUGUGUCUCUGCCUCUCCAGAUGUCUGUUUCUGUCCUAGAUGGUGGGGAGGCGCCUGUGUGGCCUCUUUGCAGUGUGGGGGGCUGCUCAGCAGUGCGGAGCGCUGAGAGCCCCGGCCUGGGAGUCACGAGCCUGGUUUUAUUUCUAGCUCUGGCACUCACCCUGUGGUCGUCAG